CAGAGACGUAGAAAGGACACAGAGAGUGAGAGAGAGAGAGAGAGAGAGAGAGCAAAUGCACAAGGGAGACGGUGGCAGACGCAGCAAAGAGAAGCAGUGACAGUGGAGGCAGCUUUUUUCGUUUUUAAUCUGGACCCUAUUCUGCAGACUCAAUGGACUCCAAGAACAGAAGAAAGAUCCAGUUUGACAUGCCAGCUACAGAACCGAGUCAACUAGACCCACGUGCUGUUGAGAUGAUUCGGAAAAGGCGGCCCACCCCGGCAACAUUGUUCAGAGUGUCUGACCACCCAUCACCUGAAGAGGAAGGUGGGCCACAUCAGCGAGUGCUGGCAGAGAAUGGCAUCCUCAAACCAAAACGUACCAACCUGUGUGCUUAUAACCCACCUACUCUCAAAGCUGUUCAGAGAAUUGCAGAGUCCCACUUACUAUCUCUGGGUGAGGGACUCCCAAGAGAAGAUCCCUUAGAGCAUGAGGAAAAUGAAGAAACUGAAUGUGACUGUCCUGCCGACAGCAGUAAGAGCAUUCCUGAAAGAGGUGCAGAUGCACCAAGAGAAAGAAACUUAAGUCCUUGUGGGUCAGAUGUCAGCAAGGAGAAAGAGACUGAGCAAGAGGAAGAGGCAGAGCAUAUAUCUCAGGACAGCUAACCUUCAUUGUCAGACUGAGGAGGGAACGUGCUUAAAAAGGAAGACGUGUUAUCAGGCGGGACAGCUUCAAGUACUGUACUUCUAUUAAACUAGCUCAAUGCUCUCCUGCAGAAGCGCUUUUUUAAUUCAGUUGAAGUCAGUUUCUCUUUAUGCAGUGUUCUUCUUUGUGGGCAGGCUCAGAACGAUCAUUAGUGUAACGGACACCAAGCACCACACAAUGUAUUUGUGCAUAUUGUAGCAAAGCGCCUCCUGCUGGGAGCUCCAACCAGGACAUAAAAUGUGCCAAAGAGCUCCAGUUCUGAAAAAUUAUCAGUGCAUGAAAAGCAAAGCAAGUGAUGGUCACAGGAAGAAGCAAACAAUCAAAUGAAAAGCCAAAAGAAUGGCCAUCUACACCCAGUGAGUUGAUUGGGUGGGAUGGCUUACACACAUAGCCUCCUAUUACUUCACCUAGUCUUAACUUCACACUCUCACCAUCUUCUCUCGUAUCUCUCCUCUCCCAUGUCCUGGCUGCACUAACAGUGCCCACUGAGCCUUUGCACAAACUCACCUCAUGACCCUAUGCUCAGGGCCAUCUUAACGUAUGGGCACAAUGGGCACUUGUCGGGGGCCUCAGGAGCAUAGGGGCCCAUGAUGUUUCUGAUCAUAGGGGCAUCAGUGGACUACUUUGCCCAGGGGCCUAUGAUGCUGUUAAGAUGGCCCUGUGCUAUGCUCAAUUUGAAACCUCCUAUGGAUGCCCUACAAAAUGCCAGGGCUACCUAAUUUCACUGCUCUCUUGAUGCCCUGUGCUCUUUUACUAUAAAGGACAGGAACUAUCACAAAGUUUUGGGCAACUUGGAGUCUGUAAUGAGGGGACCCCAACUUUCCCAAGUGUUGCCACCCACCAGCUUCUUUUCUGAUUCUCAUUAGAGUGCCCUCCCUUAGAUUACCCUUUCAGGGAACACAUUACACUUUCUAGGCAUAAACCUCCCUUGUGAUCUGUCUGGGAUUUUUACACAAUAACUUUCAGGUGUACCCUCUGUUGUCCAGUGCAGACAUCCUUCAUGCCAUGCCUCAAUAACUCUUUGCCCAUCAUUAUAAACACAGUAAAUAAAGUCAUUGGUAUGUUUUAAAGAUCUAAAAAUUAAUCAAACUCCUCUGAGUUAAAUCACACGGAAGUGUCAAAAUCUGCAAAGAAAUGGCUUACAAAUCUGUAAUGUAGGGAACAGGGACAUGCUAGCAAUAAUAAACAUCAGAGAAAAGCCAAGGGCCUUUUUCUCUUCCUGUCCCAAAGUUCUCUUUUUGUGGUUCUGUUUUACUGCCUGAUUGAGGUGGGUGGGGGGUCAAAGAAAAGAAAGUUUUCAGUGUAAAUGCCAAAUCACCUUAGAGAAAUAAAGAUGAAGAAGUUAGGCUGCCAUCAUCA